CUAGUCCCCAACUCCUUCACCCAACACCAUUUCAUGGAAAACCUGAGAAGAGCAAUUACUCAAAUAGCCAACGCCCAAACCCAAGACCUCCAAAACCUCUCACAUUUCAGUCGCUUUUGUCUCAUCCCUUUUCUCUCCUUCUCUUCCUCCCUCUACAGACUCUCUCUCUUCCUCCGCCACAAUCUCUACCUCUUCGGCCUCUUCCGAAAGCAGAGAUUGCCGGUGCGGGUGAUCAGCGUUGGCAAUUUGACGUGGGGUGGGAAUGGAAAGACGCCGAUGGUCGAAUACAUUGCCUUAUUGCUUUCAAAUUCCGGAAUUACACCGCUCGUUCUUACCAGAGGUUAUGCUGGUGGCGAUGAAGCUAAAAUGCUUCAAAGACAUCUACUUAGCACUUCUGCAAAGAUUGGUGUGGGGGCAAACAGGGCUGGCACCGCAGCAUGGUUCUUAGAAAAAUAUGGUUAUAUUGAUCAGUUCAGUACAUGCUUUGAGAAACACUGCCCUGGUCAGAAGUCGAGUUGCUCUGAGGUAGGCAAAAUCGGUGCUGUAAUUUUGGAUGAUGGAAUGCAGCACUGGAGCUUGUUGCGUGAUCUGGAGAUUGUGAUGGUAAAUGGUAUUAUACCAUGGGGAAACGGUCAGUUGCUUCCGCGUGGACCUUUGAGGGAACCUUUGACUGCACUUAGAAGAGCAGAUGUUGCAGUAAUCCAUCAUGCGGAUCUGAUUUCUGAUCGUCAGCUCAGGCACAUUAAGGCGACAGUACGAGAAAUUAAAGAAACCCUUCCCAUUUUAUUCAGUAGGAUGUCUCCAUCCCACUUCUUUGAAGUCAAGAAUUGCGAUUCCAAAUUGCCAUUAACAACUGUGAAAAAUAUGGUUGUACUCUGUGUUUCUGCAAUUGGUUGUCCAAAUGCCUUCGUACUGGGGAUUGAGCAGAUUGGUCCUUUGUGUGUUGAUAGAUUGGAUUUCAGUGACCAUCAUUUCUUUCAAGCUAUGGACAUCAUGACGAUCAAAGAGAGACUUAAAGUACUAAAGGAUGAAUUCAGGGUCAAGCCUAUUAUUGUAGUGACAGAGAAGGAUUAUGAUCGGGACCCAGUUAUUCUAAAAGAACUCGAUCAGUUCAAAGUUUUGGUACUUUGUUCUUCCCUGCAAAUCGUGCCUUCUCCUGAACAGACGGAGGAGAGCUUCAAUGCUCUGUUGAAAAAGCUGAUUAACCAAUCAAAGUUGAAUUCAAUGGAAAAUAUCAACACAACUUCAGCACGAGGGUGACCUGAAAAUUCGUGGAUUGGACCAUAAAUACAUGUUGGAGAAGGUGGUGCACCUUGCUGCUUCAACCUUGAACGUGAGAGAAGGUGGAGUGACUGGUCCAUGUGGCAGCUACUCCUACCUCGCUUGAGAAAAAUCAUGCUCGGUAAAGUGCUAUUCUCUGUAUCCAUACCACCACUUUCAUGCAUGUGUGGCGUAAGAUAAUGUAAGAGAAACUAUGAGGCAAUUCAGGAAAGGAGAGAAGGAAGAGGCAAUUCAUGCAGACACCAACAUGUCACACGUGUGGGAGCCACAACUCUUGUUAUGUGGAGGGCGCCAGUACACAUCAGGUGAGCCAUAACUAUUAACCAUGGGUCAUUUUUCUUCUAAUCUCCCAUUUCUCUCAUACAUGUGGCCCAUUCAAUGAAAUAGAUUGACCUAAUUGUCAGCCAGGACAUGUUCACCGUGGCCUACCUGAUGGACGGACUGGAUGUUAGACACAUGUCACUGCCACCAUUUAUUGUUCCAAGCGUCGCCUCUUCAGUGUCUCCUUCCUUGAAUUGCACUAGCAGCUCUAUUAGUGUAAUUUCUCAAUGUUAAUUAAAAUUCAGUUGCUCA